CUCCCCCCCCCCGGUUUCCAUGGCAGCGGGGCGCCGCGGCCCUUGCAGCCCAGGGCGGCGGCCGCGGCCGGGCCUGAUGGAGCUCUCGCAGCGGGGUGGGAAGCGCGGCCUGUGAGGAUGGAAGGCGAGGAGCAGGACGGGGAGGAGGACACCCUUCAAGAGGAGGGGAAGGAAGGAGAUGAGGAAGAGGAGGCGCUGUGGAAGCAAGAGGAGGAAGAACAGGUGCUGGCCCCGUGUCCCCUGACGGAGGAGGUCCUGAAGGAGGGCCUCUCUCUCCUCAGUAAGACCGGCAAUGGCCUGGCCCACGCCUUUGUGAAAUUUGAAGCCAAAUACAAGGACUUGACAGACAUCAGCCUCCUUGAAAGAUUCAUUCACCUGCGGUAUGUGGAUUUGUCAGAGAACAGGCUGAGAGAUUUAUCUCCACUGAGCAGCCUAACCAACCUGCUUUGGCUGAAGGUGGAUGGGAAUCUGCUUACCAGUGCCUGCAUGCAGGAGCUGCCCUACCUCCAGAUCAUCAGCUUUGCUCACAACCGCAUCAAGGAUAUGGAGGGCAUUACUCACCCCCACUUAGCCAACCUUAGCCUGAAAGGAAAUAAAAUCCAGACAGCGCAGGGUCUGAGUCAUGGCCAAUUGUUCAGCUUGCAAAUCCUGGAGCUGCGAGAAAACAAGCUAGAGAGCACAGCAGGGCUCAAUCUUCCCAAGCUCAGGAACCUCUAUCUGGCCCAGAACAGCAUUCGGAGCCUUGAAGGCCUCGAAGGGCUAGGGCAGCUGGCAGCUCUGCACCUGCGUGACAACCAGCUUGAGACCCUGGAUGGAUUCUCUAGUAGCAUGAAGUGUCUGCAGUACCUCAAUCUACGGAACAAUGGGAUCAGUAGCCUUCAGGAGGUUGCAAAACUGCAGGUCCUCCCCAUGCUGCAGUCACUGGUGCUGUUGGACAAUCCGUGCUCUGAUGAACCUAAUUACCGGCUGGAGGUCCUGGUCCUGCUGCCGCACCUGCAACGCCUUGACAAGGAAUUAUUUGAGCAAGAUGAACGGGCGGAAGCGAAUAAAAUCCGUCAGAAAAGGCAGGAAGAAGAAAAGGAAAUGGAAGGAUCUCUCCAGGGUGAUGUGACUGAGUGACCCCUGGUUUUAAUACUUGUUCCCUGACCCAGUCAAGAUUUGGAGAUGCCCUUCCCCACCUGUGGAUGGGAAGGUGACAGCUGUAUGUACCAGAGCUACCCUCACCUCAUUUUGCCCCUGAACAAAAGAGGAAGGCUACCCACCCUGAUCCUGGAUGCUGCCUUGAGGGACUGCAGUGUUUUUGCAGUCACUGCACUCAUAUGCUCUAGUCUCAGUAUGCCCGAGAGGGGAAAGGGGAAAGGGGAGAGUGAUGGGUUCUGUGGUUGGAUUUAUGGCUCCCAAAAAUCCGACAAGAUUUUCUGAUUCGAAUAAAAAUAAUUAAUGAGCCUGGA